UAUGCAUACAUACAUGCAGCCAGCCAUGGGUGGCCACUGACUGACAGUGUCGACUCGGCAUAUAUAACAGCUGCUUAGAGGAGCUGGGCUCCGAGAUGCGAUGCAGCCUGUACAGUGCCCCCACAACCGCACCACCCCGCCCUCGUCCUCGUCCUCGUCCCCGUCUCUUCUUCUUCCUCUCGUCUAGUGUUGGCUUCUGGCUUUGGCCUUGGCUAGCUGAGGCUGAGCUUCUCCCUCCCUCCCUUCCUUCCUUCCCUUUGAAGACCAAGAACUUGAAGGUAGCUGGGCUGCGGGUCUGGCAAUGCCGCCACCCAGGGCGAGCCGGCCGGCAGGGUGCAACGGCGGAUCUAUGCUACGGCUGCUCGCCGUCGCCUCCCUCUGCUUCGGUUGCUUCGUCGUCGGGCGCUGGGGGAGCGGCGUGCUCCGGCCGGAUUCCGGGAGGACGGCAGGAGCAGCGAUCUACGCCGGUGAUCUGGAGGGCUACCGCCAUGGGGGCGGCAGGCGGCGGCUGCUGGCCGGGGGCCCCGGCCCCGGGUCGCACCCGCCGCGGUGCACGUCCAAGUGCGGCAGCUGCAGACCGUGCGUGCCCGUGCACGUGUCCGUGCCGCCCGGCGUGCUGGUCACCACGGAGUACUACCCGGUGGCGUGGCGCUGCAAGUGCCGCGACCGCCUCUACAUGCCGUGACCACCGGCCGCCGCCACAUGCAGCCCGCGCGCGUCGGUGGCCUCGGUCGAACGUCCGGCGGCAGGAAGAAGAUGCGGCAUGUAGCGCCCGCCGCCCGGGCCGGCCGCCGAGUGUACGCGGCCGCAUACGUGCGUACUGUGCCCGUGCCGUACAGGGGCGCGCACCGUCAGUGUACAUGUAUGGCAGUGAGUGACAGACAUGGGUGGUGCUGGAGUGAUGGAUGCACGUGGUGGGCUACCGUGGCAUGGCAGGGCCGGGCCGGCCUGCAUGUGUAGCCGUGGACGGUGCUGCUGUGCCCUGGAGGAGCGUGGACGUGGUGUGGCAGCCCCGGCGCCAUGGACCUACCGGGGGCGGUGGCGCAGGCAGGCAGCUCCCCCAGGCGCCUUGGCCUCUUUGCAUGAUUUUCGUGCGUGCCAUUCAGUCAUUCUUAGGCACUGAAAUAUACUACCUCAUGGCAUUUUUCUUUUCUCUCAUCUUAGUAGGAGUAUUUCGCUAUUUUUGUGUUGCGUCCAUCCAUCAUCACCUUUUUGUGCGGGGACAUCCUUCAACAAUUCUACUACAGUGUACGUAA